AUGUCAGACAUUGGAGGACAGCCAGGAGGAGCACUAGGCCUUGAGAUUGACGUCAACACGGUACUGCAGCUCGUCAUCCCAACAGAUCACGUGCAAGGCGUGAACGCUGACGGAGGCCGUUCGUACACAGCUUGCGUCACGAAUGGCUGGUCUGUGUUCCCGCACAGCGGCUGGCCUAUCGCAGACAUCCCUGACGAGGCACUCAAUCUCUAUCUGGAAGUGCUGGAGCGUCUGGAGGUGCUGGACACUGGCUCCAGUAACUCCCAGGACGGCCCAGCACGUCCAGCACAUUCCAGAAAAGCUGUUAUUAUCCAGUACAAAGCAAUUGAGAAAUUUCUCCAUGGGGCUGAGUUUGCAGAUCUGCGCAAGUACAGCCUUAACGGUGAAGGGUGGAAGGCAUUGCAGAUAUUUCAUAAAAUCCUUCAGAUUUCACAUGCAUUCCAGCAAAUGUUAUCAUCUCAGUCAACUCCAACGCUCAUUAACAUCUUGCCUGCAUUUGAGGCAAUGAAGCAAUGCUGGGAAGACAGGCAGACUCAGCUAUCACAUGCUGCAGAUAUCAUUCAGCAAGGUUUGGACAAACUUGCUGAUUAUCGUGAUCACAACCAGGCAAGCGACACAUAG